AUGAUUCCAAGAGCUUUUUCAGUGGCUGACCCUGAAAGAGUCAGAGGAGGCAAAGCUUUAGAAACACCAGGAACUGAAGGGAGGGAAACACAGAAAAAGGAUAAGACAAGAAAGGAAAGAAAGAAAUAUGGGCAGAGUCUCUAUGCCCAAGGUGAUAAAAAAGGGAAGAAGUGGCCAGCAGCAAACACCUCCAAUCUGAAUUCCACCUUUUCACCCCUGCAGAGCGGGGGGGUUUACCAGGAAAAAAACGCCACUGCCCAGCGAAUAUCCUCAGCCAGGAUCCACAAAAUCAAAGAGCUGAAGAAUGAAAUAUUUGAAUUGCAAAGGAAAAUCGAGACCUCGAGCUUCGAGAACCUGGCUUUGAAAGAGCUGAACCGGCGGCACACAAGGGCCAUCGAAAGGUACAGCAACGCAGAGAGCCACCUGCAGGAGCUGCUGGCAGGACAUCGGAGCGACAUGAGAGACCUCAGGAACCUCCUGAAAACGUCCCAGGAGGCCGAGAAAAACACAGCCAGGGAGCUGAAAAAAGUCGAAGCGGACCUGAGGAGAACUAAAGGUGAUCUGAAGGCUUUGGCUGUGCUGUCGGAAGACAAAGCCCUGGCAGAGAAGGAGGAACUGAAUCGCAGGUUGUCAGUCCUUAACGAAACAUUGGAGGCAAAGGAUGAGACGAUACAGAGUCUGGAAAUGCAGCUGAAGCUGAACAACAGCACCUUUAGUCGUCAGCUGGCAAGUGAGAGUAAAAAACUCCUGGAAGCUGCAAUGACCACAAAGAACUUGCUAAUGGAAAUUAACAUUGUUCACCAAAAAAUUAAGGAGAAGGAUCGGCAGCUUUACGUACAGAAUAUUUAUGCAAAUCGGAUGCCAAAAGCCCUGAGGGACAGAAGUGAUUGGGAGAACAGAGAAGAUAAGGGUGGAAAAGGUAAAGCAAAGGAAGUGUGCUCAGAUGCCCAGGAUAAAAAAGAAAAGCAAGCAACCAAGAAAGUGCCAGAAACUUCAAAGAGGACACACAGAGGUAGACUUAAUGUUUCUCUCAGAAAUUCACCUAAUUCACCUGGGAGCAAACUGCUGAUGGAAGAAUGCAAAUUAUCAGAAUUUAUUAAAGAAAUGGAAAAAGAGACAGAGGUUCUUAAACGGGAGUUGAAAACUCUGAUGAAAUCUGAACAAAGUCCUCAAAGAGUAAAAGAGAACAAUCAAGAGGGAGAGGCAGUGGAAGAAGUUGAAAAAGAAGAGGAAAAAAGCCAUGAGCAGCAAAAGAAGAAAGCCAGGAGUCAAGGUCCAAAUCCAAGCAAAGACCCCAGCAGGCUGAAAAAAAGAUACAUCUUCUCAGGGGCUGUUGAGAAUUUGCACCAGGGGCUUCACACUUCAGGUGCCAAAUGCAAAGCAGGAUUUGGGAAAAGCUGCCUGAGCAGCCAGAGACAGGCAGGGCAGGGCUGCAGUGACCCUGCUGUGCCCAGGGGGAAAAUCUCCUUUGGGGCUUAUGAACCUUCUUUUGGGCAAACCCCCCUGGGCUGGCAGGACAGCACCUCUGGAGAGGAAGAAACACCUGAUGGAGGAGCUCUCUGGGGAGGAAUGUUUGCAAGGAGACAGCUCCUGGAGUUCCAGCAGCACAACGGUGAAGGCAGACAAGUGAGGGGGGCAAGGCAAAUCCCAAGCUCCAUGCCAGGCUCCAACUCUCCUCGUUAAAAUCAGCU